AUGUUUGUUUUAGAUCCCAACUAUGACUUCAUCGUAGUAGGUGGAGGAUCAGCAGGUGCUACAGUUGCUAAUAGACUUAGUGAAGUACCUGAAUGGAAAGUUCUGCUUGUUGAAGCUGGAGGCAACCCUACCCUAAACACUGAGUCCUCAAGACUGGGCUUACAAGACUCAACCUGUAUGAAGCCGCUUGCCGAAGCUACAAAGCAAAGGGUUGUGCAUGGCCCACGUGGCAAAGCUCUAGGUGGAAGCAGCAGUAUCAACUUCAUGUUCUACGUAAGAGGCAACAGACACGAUUCCGAUGAAUGGGCAGCCGACGGUAACUACGGAUGGAGUUAUGAUGAAGUAUUACCUUAUUUCAUUAAGAGUGAGAAAUUCACUGGGAUUUACAAUGAUCAAAACAAGAAAUACCAUAACUGGGAAGGUAAUCUAAACGUUGCUGUAGACAAGCAGUCUCAUGACUUUUGA